AUGAAUAUUGGGGUAAUAAAAGCAGUCAAGAACUCUGUGAAUAGUUCUAAGAAUGUUACAGCAUUAUGGGUAACUCAUCGUUUGGAGGAACUCGAGAAUGCUGAUGGUGCUAUUGGGGUAAUAAAAGCAGUCAAGAACUCUGUGAAUAGUUCUAAGAAUGUUACAGCAUUAUGGGUAACUCAUCGUUUGGAGGAACUCGAGAAUGCUGAUGGUGCUGUAUAUAUGGAAGAUGGAAGAGUCGUCAUGCAUGGUGAUGCUUCAAGCAUAAAAGAUUUCAUUGAAGCCAGGCAAACCUCUUAUAUAGACCAAAUAAACUCUUGA